CUGCCGGACCCGCCCCGACCGGGGCUCGCCGCCUGCAGCAGCCGCAGCACCGCGACCUCGGGCCCCGCGCCGGCUAUGGCUGUGGCCUGGGGCUGAGCGCGCAGACUGUGUGACCGAGAUUCCCAAGAGAGAGAUAUUCUGAGGAGAGAAGAGGAAGGAGGGGCGGGCUCCUGGCAAGGCAUCCGCUCCUGACCCAAGUCCUGCGAAGAUGGAGAAGGAGGAGGAGACGACUCGGGAGCUGCUGCUGCCCAACUGGCAGGGCAGCGGCUCCCACGGGCUGACCAUCACCCAGAGGGAUGAUGGCGUCUUUGUGCAGGAAGUGAUGCAGAACUCCCCUGCGGCCCGCACUGGGGUGGUCAAGGAGGGGGACCAGAUUGUGGGUGCCACCAUCUACUUUGACAACCUGCAGUCGGGUGAGGUGACCCAGCUGCUGAACACCAUGGGCCACCACACCGUGGGCCUGAAGCUGCAUCGCAAGGGGGACCGGUCCCCUGAGCCUGGCCAGACCUGGACCCACGAGGUCUUCAGUUCCCAUAGCUCCGAAGUGGUUCUGAGCGGGGAUGACCAGGAGUACCAGCGCAUCUACACCACAAAGAUCAAGCCUCGGCUGAAGUCAGAGGAUGGAGUGGAAGGGGACGCUGGGGAGACCCAGAGCCGUACCAUCACCGUGACCAGGAGGGUCACGGCCUACACUGUGGAUGUGACAAGCCGUGAAGGCGCCAAGGACAUUGACAUCAGCAGCCCAGAGUUCAAGAUCAAGAUCCCACGGCACGAAUUGACCGAAAUCUCCACUGUGGAUGUGGAGACCCAGCCUGGGAAGACAGUGAUCAGACUGCCCUCGGGCUCAGGGGCUGGGUCUCCCACCACAGGCUCCACCGUGGACAUCCGAGCAGGGUCCAUUUCCGCUGCGGGCCCAGAGUUGCCAGGGGCUGGCCACUCGAAGGUCCAGGUCACCGUGCCUGGGGUAAAGGUGGGAAGCCCGGGUGUCAGUGUCAAUGCAAAGGGCUUGGACUUGGGUAGCAAAGGAGGGAUCCAGGUCCCAGGGGUGGAUGUUUUGUCCUCUCUUGGGGGCGGGGCAGUAGAGGGGCAGGGCCCAUCUCUUGACGGGAAAAUUAAAUUUCCCACCAUGAAGGUGCCAAAAUUUGGUGUCUCAAUAGGGCCUGAGGGCCAGGCCCCCGAGGCAGGGUUGAGCGUUUCCCCCCCUGAACUCUCUGUGGGGCACAAAGGUGGCAAACCAGGCUUGACUAUUGGUGGAAGCAUCCAGACCCCUCAGCUCGAAGUUAGUGCUCCCUCUGCCAAUACUGAGGGGCUCGAGGGGAAGUUGAAGGGCCCCCAGAUCACUGGGCCAUCCCUUGAGGGUGGCCUAGGCCUGAAAGGUGCCAAGCCACAGGGGAGUUUAGGGGUGGGCAUCUCUGUGCCCCAAAUUGAGGGCAGCAUCUCUGGCUCCAGGGUAGAAGUUCAAGCUCCUGACAUUGACAUUCAUGGGCCUGGGGGUAAAGUGAAUGUGCCCAAGGUGAAGGCCCCCCAGUUCUCUGUAUCAGGUUCUAAGGGAGACAGGCCUGGCAUUGAUGUGACACUGCCCACAGGUGAAGUGAUGCUUCCUGGGGUCUCUGGGAAUGUCGACCUGCCUGAGGUUGCUUCUGGGGGUCUGGAAGGGAAGUUGAAGGGUCCUAAAAUCAAGGCUCCUGAAAUGAUUAUUCAGAAACCUAAAAUCUCCAUGCAGGAUGUGGAUCUGAGCCUUGGAUCCUCGAAACUGAAAGGAGACAUUAAGGUUUCUGCUCCUGGAGUGCAAGGUGAUGUUAAAGGCCCUGAAGUGGCAGUUAAAGGUGCCAAAGUGGACAUAGAGACACCCAACCUAGAGGGAACCAUUACUGGCCCCAAACUCAGUGGUCCUUCUGGGAAAGCAGGAACCUGCAAGAUCUCUAUGGCAGACGUAGACCUGAAUGUGGCUGCACCAAAAGUGAAAGGGGGUGUUGAUGUUACGCUUCCAAAAGUAGAGGGGAAAGUCAAUGUCCCUGAAGUUGAUGUCAGAGGCCCCAAAGUGGAUGUGAGUGCCCCAGAUGUGGAAUUUCAUGGUCCGGACUGGAAUCUGAAAAUGCCCAAGAUGAAAAUGCCCAAGUUCAGCACUCCAGGAGUCAAAGGGGAAGGGCCAGAUGUAGAUGUGAGUCUCCCCAAAGGUGAUGUCAGUAUUUCAGGGCCCAAGGUCAAUGUGGAUGCCCCAAAUGUCAAUAUCGGGGGCCUGGCAGGCAACCUUAAAGGCCCUGAUGUUCAGCUGCCUGAAGUGAGUGUCAAGACACCAAAGCUGUCCAUGCCUGAUGUGGAUUUGCAUGUGAAAGGCCCAAAAGUAAAAGGAGAGUAUGAUGUAACAGUGCCAAAACUUGAAGGAGAGCUGAAAGGCCCCAAAGUGGACAUCGAUGUCCCAGAUGUGGAUAUCCAGGGCCCAGACUGGCACCUGAAGAUGCCCAAGAUGAAAAUGCCCAAGUUCACUGUUCCAGGGUUCAAAGCAGAGGGCCCUGAAGUCAAUGUAAACCUGCCUAAGCCUGAUGUGGACAUUUCUGGGCCCAAGGUAGAUGUCAGUGCUCCAGAUGUGAGUAUUGAGGGACCAGAGGGGAAAUUGAAAGGACCCAAGUUUAAGAUGCCUGAGAUGAAUAUCAAAGCACCAAAGAUUUCCAUACCAGAUGUGGACUUACACUUGAAAGGCCCUAGUGUAAAAGGAGAAUAUGAUGUCACAGUGCCAAAGGUUGAAGGUGAGAUUAAAGUUCCUGAUGUUGAACUUAAGAGUGCCAAAGUGGACAUUGAUGCUCCAGAUGUGGAUGUUCAUGGCCCAGACUGGCACCUGAAGAUGCCCAAGGUGAAAAUGCCCAAGUUCAGCAUGCCUGGCUUCAAAGGAGAGGGCCCAGAAGUGGAUGUGAACCUGCCUAAGACUGACAUUGACAUUGCUGGACCCAAGGUGGAUGUUGAAGGUCCAGAUGUGAAUAUUGAAGGACCUGAAGGAAAGCUAAAGGGUCCCAAGUUUAAGAUGCCAGAGAUGAACAUCAAGGCCCCCAAGAUCUCCAUGCCUGAUGUAGAUUUGCAUAUGAAAGGUCCCAAGGUGAAGGGAGAAUAUGAUGUUACAGUGCCAAAGCUGGAAGGGGACGUGAAGGGACCCAAAGUAGACCUCAGUGCACCAGAUGUUGAAGUUCACGGUCCUGACUGGAACCUGAAGAUGCCAAAGAUGAAGAUGCCCAAAUUCACCAUGCCCAGCCUUAAAGGAGAGGGCCCAGAAUUGGAUGUUAAUCUGCCCAAGGCGGAUCUCGACAUUUCUGCACCAAAGGUAGAUAUUAGUGCUCCAGAUCUGAGCCUUGAAGGGCCAGAAGGAAAGUUGAAAGGCCCCAAGUUUAAGAUGCCUGAGAUGCACUUCAGAGCUCCUAAGAUGACCCUGCCAGAUGUUGACAUGGAUCUUAAAGGACCCAAAAUGAAAGGCAGUCUCGAUGUGUCUGCACCAAAAAUAGAAAGUGAGAUGAAAGCUCCAGAGGUGGACAUCAAAGGCCCCAAAUUAGAUGUUAAAGCACCAGAUGUGGAAGUUCAGGGUGCAGACUGGAGUCUGAAGAUGCCCAAGAUGAAAAUGCCUAAAUUCAGCAUGCCCAGCUUCAAAGGCCAGGGCCCAGAUGUGGACGUGAACCUGCCCAAGGCUGAUAUUGAUGUCUCUGGGCCAAAGGUGGACAUUGAAGCCCCAGAUGUGAGCCUUGAGGGGCCUGAAGGAGAACUCAAGGGUCCUAAGUUCAAGAUGCCUGAGAUGCACUUCAAAGCCCCCAAGAUCUCGAUGCCUGAUGUGGACUUAAACUUGAAAGGCCCCAAAGUCAAAGGGGAUGUGGAUGUGUCUGUGCCCAAGAUAGAAGGUGAAAUGAAAGUGCCAGAUGUGGACAUCAAAGGCCCCAAAGUGGACGUUGAUGUCCCAGAUGUGGAUGUUCAAGGCCCUGACUGGCACCUGAAGAUGCCCAAGAUGAAAAUGCCCAAGUUCAGCAUGCCUGGCUUCAAAGGAGAGGGCCCUGAGGUGGAUGUGAAUCUGCCUAAAGCUGAUAUUGACAUUUCAGGACCCAAGGUGGACAUUGAAGCCCCAGAUGUGAGUCUUGAGGGGCCAGAAGGAAAGCUCAAGGGUCCUAAGUUCAAGAUGCCUGAGAUGCACUUCAAGGCCCCCAAGAUCUCCAUGCCUGAUGUGGACUUAAACUUGAAAGGCCCCAAAGUCAAAGGGGAUGUGGAUGUGUCUAUGCCCAAGAUAGAAGGUGAAAUGAAAGUGCCAGAUGUGGACAUCAAAGGCCCCAAAGUGGACGUUGAUGUCCCAGAUGUGGAUGUUCAAGGCCCUGACUGGCACCUGAAGAUGCCCAAGAUGAAAAUGCCCAAGUUCAGCAUGCCUGGCUUCAAAGGAGAGGGCCCUGAGGUGGAUGUGAAUCUGCCUAAAGCUGAUAUUGACAUUUCAGGACCCAAGGUGGACAUUGAAGCCCCAGAUGUGAGUCUUGAGGGGCCAGAAGGAAAGCUCAAGGGUCCUAAGUUCAAGAUGCCCGAGAUGCACUUCAAGGCCCCCAAGAUCUCCAUGCCUGAUGUGGACUUAAACUUGAAAGGCCCCAAAGUCAAAGGGGAUGUGGAUGUGUCUGUGCCCAAGAUAGAAGGUGAAAUGAAAGUGCCAGAUGUGGACAUCAAAGGCCCCAAAGUGGACGUUGAUGUCCCAGAUGUGGAUGUUCAAGGCCCUGACUGGCACCUGAAGAUGCCCAAGAUGAAAAUGCCCAAGUUCAGCAUGCCUGGCUUCAAAGGAGAGGGCCCUGAGGUGGAUGUGAACUUGCCCAAGGCUGACAUUGACAUCUCUGGACCAAAGGUGGACAUUGAAGCCCCAGAAGUGAGUCUUGAGGGGCCAGAAGGAAAGCUCAAGGGUCCUAAGUUUAAGAUGCCUGAGAUGCACUUCAAAACUCCAAAGAUCUCCAUGCCUGACAUUGAUUUAAACCUCAAGGGCCCCAAGGUGAAAGGGGAUGUGGAUGUUUCUCUGCCCAAAGUUGAAGGGGAUCUGAAAGGGCCAGAUGUGGACAUCAAAGGCCCCAAAGUGGACGUUGAUGUCCCAGAUGUGGAUGUUCAAGGCCCUGACUGGCACCUGAAGAUGCCCAAGAUGAAAAUGCCUAAGUUCAGCAUGCCUGGCUUCAAAGGAGAGGGCCCAGAAGUGGAUGUGAAUCUGCCUAAGGGUGACAUAGAUGUCUCAGGACCGAAGGUGGAUGUUGAAGUUCCAGAUGUGAACAUUGAAGGUCCCAAUGCAAAAGUAAAAGGUCCUAAAUUUAAAUUGCCAGAAAUGAAUAUAAAGCCUCAGAAGAUAUCCAUGCCAGAUGUUAGUUUGCAUUUGAAAGGCCCUAAAGUGAAAGGAGAUUAUGACGUUACAGUUCCAAAAGUAGAAGGAGAGAUUAAAGCCCCUGAUGUUGACAUCAAAGGUCCAAAAGUGGACAUUAAUGCACCAGAUGCAGGAGUUCAGGGUCCAGACUGGCACCUGAAGAUGCCAAAGGUGAAAAUGCCCAAGUUCAGCAUGCCCGGCUUCAAAGGAGAGGGCCCGGAAGUGGAUGUGAACUUGCCCAAGGCUGACAUUGACAUCUCAGGACCCAAGGUGGACAUUGAUGCCCCAGAUGUAAAUAUUGAAGGUCCGGAGGGGAAACUAAAGGGUCCCAAAUUCAAGAUGCCAAGCAUGCACAUACAGACGCACAAAAUCUCUAUGCCUGAUGUUGGACUUAAUCUGAAAUCCCCUAAACUUAAAUCUGACGUAGAUGUUUCUCUUCCUAAAGUGGAAGGAGACUUGAAAGGUCCUGGAAUUGAUGUGAAAGCCCCGAAAAUGGACGUGGAUGUUGGUGAUAUAGAUAUUGAAUGUCCAGAAGGAAAGCUUAAGGGGCCCAAGUUUAAAAUGCCUGAGAUGCACUUCAAGGCCCCCAAGAUCUCCAUGCCUGAUGUAGACUUAAACUUGAAAGGCCCCAAAGUCAAAGGGGAUGUGGAUGUGUCUGUGCCCAAGAUAGAAGGUGAAAUGAAAGUGCCAGAUGUGGACAUCAAAGGCCCCAAAGUGGACGUUGAUGUCCCAGAUGUGGAUGUUCAAGGCCCUGACUGGCACCUGAAGAUGCCCAAGGUGAAAAUGCCCAAGUUCAGCAUGCCUGGCUUCAAAGGAGAGGGCCCUGAGGUGGAUGUGAAUCUGCCUAAAGCUGAUAUUGACAUUUCAGGACCCAAGGUGGACAUUGAAGCCCCAGAUGUGAGUCUUGAGGGGCCAGAAGGAAAAUUGAAAGGCUCUAAAUUUAAGAUGCCUAAGUUGAAUAUCAAAGCUCCCAAGAUCUCCAUGCCAGAUGUGGACUUGAAUUUGAAGGGACCCAAACUGAAAGGAGAGAUGGAUGUUUCUGUGCCAGAACUAGAAGGUGAUCUCAAAGGUCCACAAGUUGACAUCAAAGGUCCCAGUGUGGAUGUGGAAGUGCCUGAUGUUGAUCUGGAGUGUCCUGAAGCAAAGUUGAAAGGCCCUAAGUUUAAGAUGCCUGAGAUGCACUUCAAGGCCCCCAAGAUCUCCAUGCCUGAUGUGGACUUACACUUGAAAGGCCCCAAAGUCAAAGGGGAUGUGGAUGUAUCUGUGCCAAAAUUGGAGGGAGAUUUGAAAGGCCCCAGUGUGGAUGUGGAGGUGCCUGAUGUUGACCUGGAGUGUCCUGAUGCAAAGUUGAAAGGCCCUAAGUUUAAAAUGCCUGAGAUGCAUUUCAAAGCCCCCAAGAUCUCCAUGCCUGAUGUGGACUUAAAUUUGAAAGGCCCCAAAGUCAAAGGGGAUGUGGAUGUGUCUGUGCCCAAGAUAGAAGGUGAAAUGAAAGUGCCAGAUGUGGACAUCAAAGGCCCCAAAGUGGACAUCGAUGUUCCAGAUGUGGAUGUCCAGGGCCCAGACUGGCACCUGAAGAUGCCCAAGAUGAAAAUGCCCAAGUUCAGCAUGCCAGGCUUCAAAGGCCAGGGCCCAGAAGUGGACGUGAACCUGCCCAAGGCUGACAUUGAUGUCUCUGGGCCAAAGGUGGACAUUGAAGCUCCAGAUGUGAGUCUUGAGGGGCCAGAAGGAAAGCUCAAGGGUCCUAAGUUCAAGAUGCCUGAGAUGCACUUCAAAGCCCCCAAGAUCUCCAUGCCUGAUGUGGACUUAAACUUGAAAGGCCCUAAAGUCAAAGGGGAUGUGGAUGUGUCUGUGCCCAAGAUAGAAGGUGAAAUGAAAGUGCCAGAUGUGGACAUCAAAGGCCCCAAAGUGGACGUUGAUGUCCCAGAUGUGGAUGUUCAAGGCCCUGACUGGCACCUGAAGAUGCCCAAGAUGAAAAUGCCCAAGUUCAGCAUGCCUGGCUUCAAAGGAGAGGGCCCUGAGGUGGAUGUGAAUCUGCCUAAAGCUGAUAUUGACAUUUCAGGACCCAAGGUGGACAUUGAAGCCCCAGAUGUGAGUCUUGAGGGGCCAGAAGGAAAGCUCAAGGGUCCUAAGUUCAAGAUGCCUGAGAUGCACUUCAAGGCCCCCAAGAUCUCCAUGCCUGAUGUGGACUUAAACUUGAAAGGCCCCAAAGUCAAAGGGGAUGUGGAUGUGUCUGUGCCCAAGAUAGAAGGUGAAAUGAAAGUGCCAGAUGUGGACAUCAAAGGCCCCAAAGUGGACGUUGAUGUCCCAGAUGUGGAUGUUCAAGGCCCUGACUGGCACCUGAAGAUGCCCAAGAUGAAAAUGCCCAAGUUCAGCAUGCCAGGUUUCAAAGGCCAGGGCCCAGAUGUGGACGUGAACCUGCCUAAGGCUGAUAUUGAUGUCUCUGGACCAAAGGUGGACAUUGAAGCCCCAGAUGUGAGUCUUGAGGGGCCAGAAGGAAAGCUCAAGGGUCCUAAGUUCAAGAUGCCCGAGAUGCACUUCAAGGCCCCCAAGAUCUCCAUGCCUGAUGUGGACUUAAACUUGAAAGGCCCCAAAGUCAAAGGGGAUGUGGAUGUGUCUGUGCCCAAGAUAGAAGGUGAAAUGAAAGUGCCAGAUGUGGACAUCAAAGGCCCCAAAGUGGACGUUGAUGUCCCAGAUGUGGAUGUUCAAGGCCCUGACUGGCACCUGAAGAUGCCCAAGAUGAAAAUGCCCAAGUUCAGCAUGCCUGGCUUCAAAGGAGAGGGCCCUGAGGUGGAUGUGAACUUGCCCAAGGCUGACAUUGACAUCUCUGGACCCAAGAUGGACAUUGAAGGCCCUGAUGUUAACCUUGAAGGACCAGAAGGAAAGUUGAAAGGUCCUAAGUUCAAGAUGCCAGAGAUGAACAUCAAAGCCCCCAAGAUCUCCAUGCCUGAAUUUGAUUUACACCUGAAAGGCCCUAAGGUGAAAGGAGAUGUGGAUGUUUCUCUGCCUAAAGUAGAAGGUGACCUAAAGGCCCCUGAAGUUGACAUCAAAGGCCCCAAAGUGGACAUUGAUGUCCCAGAUGUGGAUGUUCAAGGCCCUGACUGGCACCUGAAGAUGCCCAAGAUGAAAAUGCCUAAGUUCAGCAUGCCUGGCUUCAAAGGAGAGGGCCCAGAAGUGGAUGUGAACCUUCCCAAGGCUGACAUUGAUGUGUCAGCACCCAAGGUGGACAUUGAAGGCCCUGAUGUUAACCUUGAAGGACCAGAAGGAAAGUUGAAAGGUCCUAAGUUCAAGAUGCCAGAGAUGAACAUCAAAGCCCCCAAGAUCUCCAUGCCUGACUUUGAUUUACACCUGAAAGGCCCUAAGGUGAAAGGAGAUGUGGAUGUUUCUCUGCCUAAAGUAGAAGGUGACCUAAAGGCUCCUGAUGUUGACAUCAAAGGCCCCAAGGUGGACAUUGAUGUCCCAGAUGUGGACGUUCAUGGCCCAGACUGGCACCUGAAGAUGCCCAAGAUGAAAAUGCCCAAGUUCAGCAUGCCUGGCUUCAAAGGAGAGGGCCCGGAAGUGGAUAUCAACUUGCCCAAGGCCGACAUUGAUGUCUCGGGACCCAAAGUGGACAUUGAAGGCCCUGAUGUUCACCUUGAAGGACCAGAAGGAAAGUGGAAAAGCCCAAAGUUUAAAAUGCCUGAAAUGCAUUUUAAAACUCCAAAGAUAUCCAUGCCAGAUAUUGAUCUUAAUCUGACCAGUCCAAAGAUAAAAGGAGAUGUGGACGCCACAUGCCCCAAGGUAGAGGGAGAUUUUAAAGGACCUGAAAUUGACCUGAAAGGCCCCAAAGUAGACAUUGAUGUCCCAGAUGUGGAUGUUCAAGGCCCUGACUGGCACCUGAAGAUGCCCAAGAUGAAAAUGCCUAAGUUCAGCAUGCCUGGCUUCAAAGGAGAGGGCCCAGAAGUGGAUGUGAACCUUCCCAAGGCUGACAUUGAUGUGUCAGCACCCAAGGUGGACACUGAAGGCCCUGAUGUUAACCUUGAAGGACCAGAAGGAAAGUUGAAAGGUCCUAAGUUCAAGAUGCCAGAGAUGAACAUCAAAGCCCCCAAGAUCUCCAUGCCUGACUUUGAUUUACACCUGAAAGGUCCCAAGGUGAAAGGAGAUGUGGAUGUUUCUCUGCCUAAGGUGGAAGGUGACCUAAAGGCCCCUGAAGUUGACAUCAAAGGCCCCAAAGUGGAUGUUGCUGUCCCAGAUGUGGAUGUUCACGGCCCAGACUGGCACCUGAAGAUGCCCAAGAUGAAAAUGCCCAAGUUCAGCAUGCCUGGCUUCAAAGGAGAGGGUCCAGAAGUGGAUGUGAACCUUCCUAAAGCUGACAUUGACAUCUCAGGACCCAAGGUGGACAUUGAAGCCCCAGAUGUGAGUCUUGAAGGUCCUGAAGGGAAGCUCAAGGGUCCUAAGUUCAAGAUGCCAGAGAUGAACAUCAAAGCUCCCAAGAUUUCCAUGCCUGACAUUGAUCUUAACCUGAAGGGCCCCAAAGUGAAGGGAGAUGUGGAUGUGUCUUUACCAAAAGUGGAAGGUGAGAUUAAAGUUCCUGAAGUGGAUAUUAAAGGCCCCAAGGUGGACAUUGAUGUCCCAGAUGUGGAUGUUCAUGGCCCUGACUGGCACCUGAAGAUGCCCAAGAUAAAAAUGCCCAAGAUGAGCAUGCCUGGCUUUAAAGGAGAGGGCCCAGAAGUGGAUGUGAACCUGCCCAAGGCUGAUAUAGAUGUCUCCGGGCCCAAGGUGGACAUUGAUGUUCCAGAUGUGAACAUUGAAGGUCCAGAUGCGAAACUGAAGGGACCCAAGUUCAAGAUGCCAGAAAUGAAUAUCAAAGCUCCUAAGAUCUCCAUGCCAGAUCUGGACCUUAAUCUUAAAGGCCCUAAAGUGAAAGGAGAGGUGGAUGUUGCACUUCCAAAUGUAGAAGGUGAUUUGAAAGGGCCUUCUCUUGACAUCAAAGGGCCGAAGAUAGAUGUAGAUGCACCUGAUAUUGACAUUCAUGGCCCAGAAGGCAAAUUAAAAGGUCCAAAGCUGAAGAUGCCUGACAUGCAUGUAAACAUGCCCAAGAUCUCCAUGCCAGAAAUUGACCUGAAUUUGAAGGGCUCAAAACUUAAGGGAGAUGUUGAUGUUUCUGGGCCCAAAUUGGAAGGUGACAUUAAAGCUCCCAAGUUGGAUGUAAAGGGCCCAGAAGUAGACAUUUCUGGUCCUAAGCUCAAUAUUGAAGGCAAGUCAAAGAAAUCACGUUUUAAGCUUCCCAAAUUUAAUUUUUCGGGCUCCAAAGUUCAGACACCUGAGGUAGAUGUCAAGGUCAAAAAGCCAGAUCUUGAUGUAACAGGUCCAAAAGUUGACAUUAAUGCUCCUGAUGUUGAGGUCCAAGGAAAAGUGAAAGGACCCAAGUUCAAAAUGCCUUUCCUAAGUAUUUCAUCUCCUAAAGUGUCUAUGCCUGAUGUGGAGUUAAAUCUGAAAGGUCCUAAAGUCAAAGGAGACUUAGAUGUUGCAGGUCCUAAUUUAGAAGGUGAUCUUAAAGGACCCAAAGUGGAUAUUAAGGCACCAGAAAUUCACCUGGAUGCACCUGAUGUGGAUGUUCAUGGUCCAGACUGGAAUUUGAAAAUGCCCAAGAUGAAAAUGCCCAAGUUCAGUGUGCCUGGGUUAAAAGCAGAAGGACCAGAUAUGUCUGUGGAUCUGCCAAAAGGAGAUAUCAACAUAGAGGGUCCCAAAAUGGACAUUGAGGGCCCAGAAGUCAAUGUGGAAGGUCUAGAUGGAGGCUUAAAAGGCCCCAAAUUCAAGAUGCCUGACAUAAAUAUCAAAGCUCCCAAGAUCUCCAUGCCUGAUGUUGAUUUAAACUUGAAGGGCCCCACGGUGAAAGGUGAUGUGGAUGUUUCUCUGCCCAAAGUUGAAGGUGACCUCAAGGGCCCUGAAGUUGACAUCAAAGGCCCGAAAGUGGACAUUGAUGUCCCAGAUGUGGACGUUCAUGGCCCAGACUGGCACCUGAAGAUGCCCAAAGUGAAAAUGCCCAAGUUCAGCAUGCCUGGCUUCAAAGGAGAGGGCCCAGAAGUGGACGUGAACCUGCCCAAGGCCGACAUAGAUGUCUCAGUACCCAAGGUGGACACUGAUGUUCCAGAUGUGAAUAUUGAAGGUCCAGAUGCAAAACUGAAGGGUCCCAAAUUCAAGAUGCCAGAGAUGAACAUCAAAGCUCCCAAGAUCUCCAUGCCUGACAUUGACUUUAAUCUGAAGGGCCCCAAACUGAAGGGUGAUGUGGAUGUAUCUUUGCCAAAAGUAGAAGGUGACCUCAAGGGUCCUGAGGUGGACAUCAAGGGCCCAAAAGUAGAUAUUGAAACUCCUGAUAUUAACAUUGAAGGUUCAGAGGGGAAAUUGAAGGGACCCAAAUUCAAGAUGCCAGAGAUGCACUUAAAGGCUCCCAAGAUCUCCAUGCCUGAUAUUGACUUAAACCUGAAAGGACCCAAAGUGAAGGGGGAUCUGGAUAUUUCUCUGCCUAAGGUGGAAGGUGACCUCAAGGGCCCUGAAGUUGACAUCAAAGGCCCCAAAGUGGACAUUGAUGCUCCAGAUGUGGACGUUCAAGGCCCAGACUGGCACCUGAAGAUGCCCAAGAUAAAAAUGCCCAAGAUCAGCAUGCCUGGCUUCAAAGGAGAGGGCCCAGAAGUGGAUGUGAACCUGCCCAAGGCUGACAUUGAUGUGUCAGCACCCAAAGUGGACAUCGAAGGCCCUGAUGUUAACCUUGAAGGACCAGAUGGAAAGUUGAAAGGUCCUAAAUUCAAGAUGCCAGAGAUGAACAUCAAAGCCCCCAAGAUCUCCAUGCCUGACUUCGAUUUACACCUGAAAGGCCCUAAGGUGAAAGGAGAUGUGGAUAUUUCCCUGCCUAAGGUGGAAGGUGACCUAAAGGCCCCUGAAGUUGACAUCAAAGGCCCCAAGGUGGACAUUGAUGCUCCAGAUGUGGAUGUUCAUGGCCCAGACUGGCACCUGAAGAUGCCCAAGAUAAAAAUACCCAAGAUUAGCAUGCCUGGCUUCAAAGGGGAGGGCCCAGAAGUGGAUGUCAACCUGCCUAAAGCUGACAUUGACGUAUCGGGUCCCAAGGUGGACAUAGACACUCCCGACAUCGACAUUCAUGGUCCAGAAGGAAAACUGAAGGGUCCCAAGUUUAAAAUGCCUGACCUGCACCUCAAGGCACCCAAGAUCUCCAUGCCUGAAGUUGACCUGAAUCUGAAGGGCCCCAAGGUAAAGGGUGACGUGGACCUUUCUCUGCCCAAAGUUGAAGGUGACCUCAAGGGCCCUGAAGUUGACAUCAAAGGCCCGAAAGUGGACAUUGAUGUCCCAGAUGUGGACGUUCACGGCCCAGACUGGCACCUGAAGAUGCCCAAAGUGAAAAUGCCCAAGUUCAGCAUGCCUGGCUUCAAAGGAGAGGGCCCAGAAGUGGACGUGAAUCUGCCCAAGGCUGACAUUGAUGUCUCCGGACCCAAGGUGGACAUUGAUGUUCCAGAUGUGAAUAUUGAAGGUCCAGAUGCAAAACUGAAGGGUCCCAAAUUCAAGAUGCCAGAGAUGAACAUCAAAGCUCCCAAGAUCUCCAUGCCUGACAUUGACUUAAAUCUGAAAGGACCCAAAGUAAAGGGAGAUGUGGACAUUUCUCUGCCUAAGGUGGAAGGUGACCUCAAGGGCCCUGAAGUUGACAUCAAGGGCCCCAAAGUGGACAUUGAUGUUCCAGAUGUGGAUGUUCAUGGCCCUGACUGGCACCUAAAGAUGCCCAAGGUGAAAAUGCCCAAGUUCAGCAUGCCUGGCUUCAAAGGAGAGGGCCCAGAAGUGGAUGUGAACCUGCCCAAAGCUGACAUAGAUGUCUCAGGACCCAAGGUGGACAUUGAUGUUCCAGAUGUGAACAUUGAAGGUCCAGAUACAAAACUGAAGGGCCCCAAGUUCAAAAUGCCAGAGAUGAACAUCAAAGCUCCCAAGAUCUCCAUGCCUGACCUUGACUUCAACCUGAAGGGCCCCAAAAUGAAGGGUGAUGUUGAUAUCUCUCUGCCCAAAGUUGAGGGUGAUCUCAAGGCCCCUGAGGUGGACAUCAAAGGCCCCAAACUGGAUAUUGACACUCCUGAUAUUAGUAUUGAAGGCCCAGAAGGAAAACUGAAGGGGCCUAAAUUUAAGAUGCCAGAGAUGAACAUUAAAGCCCCGAAGAUCUCCAUGCCUGACUUUGACUUAAAUCUGAAAGGGCCAAAGGUAAAGGGUGAUGUGGACCUUUCACUGCCUAAGGUAGAAGGUGAUCUGAAAGGGCCAGAGGUGGACAUUGAAGGCCCUGAAGGGAAGCUCAAAGGACCCAAAUUUAAGAUGCCUGAUGUCCACUUCAAAACCCCACAAAUCUCCAUGAGUGACAUUGAUUUGAACUUGAAAGGACCUAAGAUAAAAGGAGAUUUGGAUACUUCCAUCCCUAAAUUGGAAGGAGAUCUGAAAGGCCCAAAAGUAGAUGUUAAAGGCCCUACGCUGGACAUAGAUACUCCCGACAUCGACAUUCAUGGUCCAGAAGGAAAACUGAAGGGUCCCAAGUUUAAAAUGCCUGACCUGCACCUCAAGGCACCCAAGAUCUCCAUGCCUGAAGUUGACCUGAAUCUGAAGGGCCCCAAGGUAAAGGGUGACGUGGACCUUUCUCUGCCCAAAGUUGAAGGUGACCUCAAGGGCCCUGAAGUUGACAUCAAAGGCCCGAAAGUGGACAUUGAUGUCCCAGAUGUGGACGUUCACGGCCCAGACUGGCACCUGAAGAUGCCCAAAGUGAAAAUGCCCAAGUUCAGCAUGCCUGGCUUCAAAGGAGAGGGCCCAGAAGUGGACGUGAAUCUGCCCAAGGCUGACAUUGAUGUCUCCGGACCCAAGGUGGACAUUGAUGUUCCAGAUGUGAAUAUUGAAGGUCCAGAUGCAAAACUGAAGGGUCCCAAAUUCAAGAUGCCAGAGAUGAACAUCAAAGCUCCCAAGAUCUCCAUGCCUGACAUUGACUUAAAUCUGAAAGGACCCAAAGUAAAGGGAGAUGUGGACAUUUCUCUGCCUAAGGUGGAAGGUGACCUCAAGGGCCCUGAAGUUGACAUCAAGGGCCCCAAAGUGGACAUUGAUGUUCCAGAUGUGGAUGUUCAUGGCCCUGACUGGCACCUAAAGAUGCCCAAGGUGAAAAUGCCCAAGUUCAGCAUGCCUGGCUUCAAAGGAGAGGGCCCAGAAGUGGAUGUGAACCUGCCCAAAGCUGACAUAGAUGUCUCAGGACCCAAGGUGGACAUUGAUGUUCCAGAUGUGAACAUUGAAGGUCCAGAUGCAAAACUGAAGGGCCCCAAGUUCAAAAUGCCAGAGAUAAACAUCAAAACUCCCAAGAUCUCUAUGCCUGAUGUUGACCUGGAUUUGAAAGGAUCCUUAGGCAAGGGUGAUUUUGAUGUGUCUGUUCCUAAGAUUGAAGGGACUUUCAGAGGCCCAGAAGUAGACCUUAAAGGUCCAGGUCUGGAUGUUGAAGGCCCUGAUGCCAAACUUAGUGGCCCACGUUUGAAGAUGCCAUCACUAGAUGUAUCUGCUCCUAAAGUAACUGCUCCUGACAUUGAUUUGCAUCUCAAGACACCCAAAAUUGGAAUUUCUGGUCCCAAGUUAGAAGGUGGUGAACUGGACCUCAAGGGACCCAAAGUUGAUUUAGAAGCUCCAAGCUUAGAUGUACACGUGGAGAGCCCAGAUGUUAACAUUGAAGGGCCAGAUGUAAAAAUUCCCAAAUUUAAGAAACCCAAGUUUGGGUUUGGGGCAAAAAGCCCUAAAGCUGACUUCAAGUCACCUACACUUGAUGUGACAGUUCCUGAGGCAGAACUGAACGUUGAAGCUUCUGAAAUUAGUGUUGGUGGCAAGGGCAAGAAAAGUAAGUUUAAAAUGCCGAAAAUUCACAUGAGUGGGCCUAAAAUGAAGGCCAAGAAGCAAGGAUUUGAUUUGAAUGCUCCUGGGGGUGAAAUUGAUGCCAGUCUCAAGUCUCCUGACAUAGAUGUCAAUGUUGCGGGGCCGGAUGCCUCCCUGAAAGUUGAUGUGAAAUCUCCCAAGACCAAGAAACCUAUGUUUGGGAAAAUGUACUUCCCAGAUGUAGAAUUUGACAUUAAAUCAUCUAAAUUUAAAGCUGAGGCAUCUCUCCCUAGCCCCAAAAUGGGGGGUGAAAUCCAGGCGCCUGAUCUGGAUAUUUCUUCACCAGGGAUUAAUGUGGAAGGUCCUGACAUCAAGCUGAAGGCUCCCAAAAUCAAGGCGCCAGGUGUCGAUGUCUCAGGGCCAAAGAUAGAGGGCGACUUGAAAGGCCCCAGGGUGCAGGCAAACCUGGACGCACCUGACAUCAACAUUGAAGGCCCAGAUGCUAAAGUCAAAGCACCAUCAUUCGGCAUUUCUGCCCCUCAAGUAUCCAUCCCUGAUGUGAAUGUUAGCUUGAAAGGACCAAAGAUAAAGGGUGAUGUCCCCAGUGUGGGGCUAGAAGGACCAGAUGUAGAUCUGCAAGGUCCGGAAUCAAAAAUUAAGUUCCCUAAGUUUUCGAUGCCCAAGAUCGGCGUUCCUGGUGUGAAAGUGGAUAGUGGGGGAGCUGAGGUCCAGCUGCCCUCUUUUGAAGGCGGCUUGAGCACAGCAGAUGUCAAGCUUGAAGGGCCUGAUGUGUCUCUCAAGGGGCCAAAAGUAGACUUGCCAUCAGUGAACCUCUCUACGCCAAAAAUCUCUGGACCUGACCUCGACCUGAACUUGAAAGGACCAAGUUUGAAGGGAGAUCUGGAUGUAUCUGUUCCCAGCAUGAAGGUGCAUGCCCCCGGGCUUGACCUCGGAGGUGUCGGUGGAAAGGUGAAGGUAGAAGGUGAUGGUGUGAAGGUGCCUGGAAUCGAUGCUACAGCAGCACUUGACAUUGGUGUGCCGGUUGUGACCCUGAAAGGACCAAGCCUGCAGGGCGACCUGGCUGUCUCUGGUGACAUCAAGUGCCCCUCGGUAUCAGUAGGUGCUCCUGAUCUAAGCUUGGAGGCACCUGAGGGUGGUAUUAAACUUCCCAAGAUGAAGCUGCCCCAGUUUGGCAUCUCUGCUCCAGGGUCUGACGUGGACAUCAAUGUCAAGGGGCCACAGGUGACUGGAGAACUCAAAGGGCCUGGCAUGGACGUGAACCUCGGAGGCCUGAACCUGAAAGGGCCUCAGAUCUCUGGCCCUCAAAUCUCAGCGCCAGAUGUGGACUUGAACUUGGAAGGACCAAAAAUAAAAGGCAGCCUUGGGGCCAGUGGUGAGAUGAAAGGCCCCAUGGUUGGUCUUCCGGGCAUCAGCGUUCAAGGCUUGGAAGGAAACCUCCAAACGCCUGGAGUCAAGUCAUCUGGAUGUGAUGUGGUGCUGCCAGGUAUGAACGUGAAACUCCCAACCGGGCAGAUUUCUGGUCCUGAAAUCAAAGGUGACCUGAAAGGUUCAGGGAUAGGUUUCCGUGGAGCUGCUCCUGACAUUGGCGUGAAAGGGCCUUCAUUGAACGUGGCAUCUCCUGAGUCAGAUUUUGGUGUCAGCUUGAAGGGCCCGAAAAUCAAAGGAGGCGUGGAUGUUUCAGGAGGUGUCAGUGCCCCAGAUAUCAGCCUGGGCGAAGGGCACGUGAGUGUCAAAGGUUCCAGCGGGGAGUGGAAAGGACCCCAGGUCUCCUCUGCUCUCAACCUGGAUGCACCUAAGUUUGCUGGAGGACUUCAUUUCUCAGGACCAAAGGUAGAAGGAGGCGUCAAAGGAGGCCAGGUUGGACUUCAGGGUCCUGGACUGAGCGUGUCUGGGCCUCAAGGUCACUUGGAAAGCGGAUCUGGAAAAGUAACAUUCCCCAAGAUGAAGAUCCCCAAGUUCACCUUCUCUGGCAGGGAGCUGGUGGGCAGAGAAGUGGGAGUGGAUAUUAACUUCCCUAAAGCAGAGGCCAGUGUCCAGUCUGGUGCCGGAGAGGGCGAGUGGGAAGAAUCCGACGUAAAACUUAAAAAGUCCAAAAUCAAGAUGCCCAAGUUCACCUUCUCCAAACCUAAAGGGAAAGCUGGCGUCACCGGCUCACCAGAAGCGUCCGUUUCGGGGUCCAAAGGUGACCUGAAGAGCUCCAAGGCCAGCUUGGGUUCCCUGGAAGGCGAGGCUGAGGUCGACACGUCUUCACCCAAAGGCAAAUUCUCCUUAUUCAAAAGCAAGAAGCCAAGCCACCGCUCAAAUUCCUUCAGUGAUGAAAGGGAGCACUCUGCCCCUACCACCCCCACAGGGACUUUGGAGUUUGAGGGCGGGGAGGUGGCGCUGGAAGGCGGGAAAGUCAAAGGGAAACACGGCAAGCUGAAAUUUGGUACCUUUGGUGGAUUGGGGUCAAAGAGCAAAGGUCAUUAUGAGGUGACCGGGAGCGAUGAUGAGGCAGGCAAAUUACAGGGGAGUGGAGUGUCCUCGUCCUCUAAGAAGUCCCGACUGUCGUCGUCUUCUAGCAAUGACAGUGGGACUAAGGUUGGCGUUCAGCUUCCCGAGGUGGAGCUGACAGUUUCCACAAAGAAAGAGUAGCCGGCCUCUGUGUGUGUACAUAUCUGUAUAGAACUCCAUCAGCCUUGGGUGUGUUUGUAUAUAAACUCCAAAGAGAAACACGCCAACAGCCUCAGCAACGAUGCAAAGAUCUGGCCUCUGCCAGGGGCAAGUGCUGAAAAGCCAGCUGCCUUUUGGCUCCUCCCGGAGCUUUACAGAUAGAUUCCAAGUUCUUCGUCCAGCCCACGUGCAAAAUCAGCAGUAUUUGCCUUCAGAUUUCAGUUUCUUUGUUUUGUUUUGUUUUCUUUUUUUGCAUUGAAUGCUGAGAGCUCCUGUUUACUAAGCCAGCUUUUGUGUUUAUUAUCUUCAUUUUUACUGAACAUUGUUAGUGUUGGGGUCAUGGAAACCCACUUUUUUCAUUGUAAUGACUUUUGGGGGCUUUUGUUAGUAAGGGUGGGGUGGGGUAGAAGGCAGUAGAGGGGGGCCAGACCUUUAUUUCUCCUACAAUUGGGUCUACUCAAACAGCAAACACCCAAAGAUGGCUGAGAGGAGCUGGCCGGCGGUGCGUGUGGGUGUUUCUAGAACUGUGUUAUCAUUGCUUUUUGUUUCCCCAGGGGUGGCGGUCGGUCCCAGCCUGUUCGGUGCUCACGGGGGAGAGGGAAUUAGAAUCUCUUUGUAAAUCAGGCCACCCACUCACUCCACACGAGGGCCUUCCAUUCUCUGUGUUGUAAGAGAAAUGUUUUCUUCGUGAUCGCCACGUUCCUGAUAUUAGUUCUGAUUUCCUUUAACAAAUGUUAUUGUGAUUAAGAAAAUUUCCAGCACUUUAAUGGCAAAUUAAUUGAGAAUGUAAGAAAAUUGAUGCUGUCAAGGGCAAAUAAAGCUGUUUAUUAACCCGGA